ACGCACUUAGCUUACUACUACUUUCAUCCAGAGAAAGAGCUCUAAAUUUUAAUCUUCCUAUAUACUGCUCUAGCUGCUUAUUUAAUUAAUUACCCUUUGACCCUCCCUAUGCACAACACAGGCAGAAGAGUCAGGCGCUCUGAGGCCUUCUGGCCUUCGAUUGUGAUGAAGAAGUGGCUGAACAUACAGCCUAAAGUGUACGACUUUAGCGAAGACGAGGUCGACACCGAAAGUGAAGAUGAUGCUUUGCCGGAUAAAGAUAGAAGGGACAUUGAGGAAGAUGAAGGCCGCGUAUUACAAAGAAAGCCUUCCCAAUGCUCCAACCGAACCUCUGGCAAACCCGCAACCGACUUUUCACUAAAGCACAGGAGAGGCAAAUCUGAGACUCUACGUCUCCAGUACAUCAGUAGGAAAGACGUGAGAGUUACAAUAGGUACAUGGAAUGUUGCAGGGAGGCUCCCUGGUGAAGAUCUUGAGAUCGAUGAGUGGCUUUGCAUGAAAGCACCCGCGGAUAUUUAUGUCCUUGGUUUUCAGGAGGUGGUACCCCUGAACGCUGGGAAUGUGCUUGGAGCAGAAAACAGAAGGCCCAUUACUAAAUGGGAAGCCAUUAUUCGCAGAACACUGAACAAAACUAUUGGGCCUGAAUCUAAGCCCAAGAGCUACAGCGCUCCUCCCUCUCCAGAACUCAGGACUUCUACUCCUUCAGACAUAAUUGCAGAUGCAGAAAUCAAAGACCCUUCAUGCGAAUCAUGCAUGGUUACAAUUCCGAAGAAUCUAAGCUUGAAGCAGGGUUUGGGUUUGGAUUGGCCCGAACUUCCUCUGGAUGGAACUCCCCAACUUCUGCCUUCAACCUUUAAGCUUAGAAGGGUUCUGAACAGUUGUUCACAGGUUGGUUUUGAGGUCCUGGAUAAUCCAGUUUCAUUCGGGCCUGUUGGAUUGGGUCUUGGCGGGCUGAAAAGUGGGCACCAUAGCUCUGGAGACUUGGAGUCUCUGUGGACCGACAAUCUUACUGAUGGCUCUGAUCAAUUCUCUGAAGAAGAGGAUGAGGACGGUUUUGGGGAUUUUCCGGAGGUCAGUGAAGAAAAAGGUGUUAGCUUGUUAAAGAAAUCGCGUCCAAUGUAUGUUCGAAUUGUGAGUAAACAAAUGGUCGGGAUUUAUGUUUCGGUUUGGGUACGAAGAACAUUGAGAAGGCAUAUCAACAACUUGAAAGUCUCUCCUGUCGGAGUUGGACUGAUGGGAUACCUCGGUAAUAAGGGAUCUAUUUCAGUGAGCAUGUCUCUUUACCAGACAAAACUAUGCUUUGUCUGCUCACAUUUGACAUCUGGACAGAAGUUGGGUGCUGAGCAGAGGAGGAACUCUGAUGUGAAUGAAAUCUUAAGGCGCACCAGCUUCUCCUCAUCGGUGUUUAAAUCAGAAACUGAUUAUCCUCCUCCCUUAACAAUCCCAUCUCACGAUCAGAUAUUCUGGUUUGGAGACUUGAACUACAGAAUCAAUCUAACAGAUACCAAAGUAAGAAAGCUUGUUUCAAGAAAGAAAUGGGACGAGCUCUUGGACCAUGAUCAGCUCACCAAGGAGCUCAGGAGUGGAUGUGUGUUUGAAGGUUGGAAGGAAGGAGCCAUUAACUUCGCUCCAACUUACAAAUAUGAGUUCAACUCAGAUAGAUAUGUGGGGGAGAGCGCGAGAGAAGGGGAGAAGAGGAGGUCGCCUGCAUGGUGAGUUUCUUAUAACUUCAGCCUCAUGUGGAAGCUCAAGACAAAGUAAAUGUGGGGGCGCAACAUUGGGUUAGGGUGGCCCGCAUGUUAAGACAACUCUUUCCUAAUAUUGUAAUGUAACUUCUUUUUCCUCUAGAGCUAACCCCAUCAGUGACUCUAGUCUAAUAUAAUGACCAUCCAGCUCAACCGAACAUAAUUUCUUCAAUCUUUCCCAGUCAUAGGCUCAAAUAGCUUUGAAUCUUUGAUGUUGCAGGUGUGAUCGUAUAAUGUGGUUAGGGAAAGGCAUCAAACAGAUUUUUUACAAUAGGACAAAUAUAAGAUUAUCGGAUCAUCGACCUGUGAGUUCCAUGUACGUGGUGGAAGUAGAAAUCUUUAAUCAGCGGAAGCUCCAACGGGCUCUCAAUGUCAAUUCUGCUGCUAUACAUCAUGAUAAGUUUGUUUAAUAACAUAGAUGAAUCCCCGAAGUUAGACCUUUAAGAAAAUCAUGUUGGCGCAGUUUUUUACUCUUAUGAUUUUUUCAUUCAUCAGUGGCAAUAAAUGUUGUAGAUUAUACCACAAACUAAACACAUAAA